CUAAUUACAUCAUUAAUUGCUAUACCAAAUGUGUUAACAUGAAGAAUUAAGUUCAGUUGUCUUACGAGUGCUUCUUAAAAUACGCACAAUGACAAAGAAGUUCGUUGAUUGUUUUAUGAUAAUGGGAACCGCGUUGUCUUUACGUAAUCCCAUUAAACUACCGGAGAUGGGUCGCCCAGUUUUACGCGACGUUAUCACUACCAGUGUAAAUCUGUCGUUAUCCGUUGAAACGCUUAAAAUUAUAAAUCCUGAAAAUCUGGAGGUCGAAUUAACGGCGUUAUUAAACCAAGAAUGGACCGACGCACGAUUGGGUGCUAACGUAAAAACACGGAAAAUGGCAGUCGCUGGACAAAUUUGGAAACCGAAAAUUAUAAGUAUUAAUGGGGAAAAUAAAAUCUGUAAUAACGAGGAUGCGGUGUUUUGGAGGGGAUUCGGUGACGAGGGAAACGUUCUUCUGAGUGAGAAAAUAAGUGUAAGGACAACGUGUACUACAAAUUACCGAAAAUUCCCUUUUGAUACCCAAAUCUGCGAUUUUAAAUUUGGCACUUAUAGGUUUCCACAAGAUGAAGUAACCGUUGUGUGGGAUUCGGUUCCACUGCAUAUAACUACGAAUAUAAAUUUUAACGAAUUUAAUGUGACUAAUAUUAUUACCUUUAUAGAAACUGACGUACGAUGUUCUGGUAAUUUCAGUACCGCUGUGGUCCAGUUCGUUUUUAAACGCCAUUAUCAGCAUUAUAUUUAUUGCCUCAUGUUACCGCCGUUUUUAUUAACUUUACUGAACUAUACGCCAUUUUGGUUUAACCUCAAUAAACGAACCAAUCGACUGUGUAUAAACACGUCAGUUCUCUUUCUGUUAGUUUACUUCAAUUAUUGUUCGAUAUGUUCAAUGCGUCCAACACCAUAUUUAAAAGCCCUCGACAUAUUUGUUUUAAUUUGCACAUCAUUUUCCCUGACAACACUUUUGGAAACAAUCUUUGUAGACUUUGUGUGCACAUUGGAGGAAUCCCACUUCCACCUAAAAAAAGUUGCAUGUUCUAAAGAGUAUCCGAAAAACAUUUUGUGGCUUGAGUACGCCAUGAAGUUAUCAUACCCCGUGUUUUGUAUCUUUUUUUUAAUUGUGUACGGGUGGUUGUAUUUUUAAAAUAUGAAAUAAACGUUUGACGAUCACUGGUUGUUACUUUAGUCCUUUCCAUAUCGAUAAAGCAGGCCGCGUAGCUG